CCCUCCGCCUUCGCUUCCUCUCUGCCUUGUUCGGCCGCCGACAGGAAGGGAAGCGGCGCGAUUUUCCUGCCUCUCGGCGACAUUCUUUUGUCGGAGAAAAGCUCCGGACUUGGGUUUCUGCUCGUUUCGAGAACGUAGAGUCAUUCGUCGAGCUCGGUUUCUUGGCCUCCAACAACAAGGUGUGGUGCUAAGGUUAAUACUGGAGAAGCUCAAACACUAAAUUUUGAAAGCCAAACAAGCAACUGGAUAAUUAGGUUGGAAAACGAAUUAUUAGUCAGAGAUGCAGCACGAUGAGGUUAUCUGGCAAGUCAUUCGGCACAACCAUUGUAGUUAUAUGGCCAAGAUUACCGCUGGAAUAUUUUGUCGAAAUGAAUACAAUGUAACGGGGAUUUGUAAUAGGAGCUCCUGCCCUCUAGCUAACAGCCGCUAUGCUACUAUCCGUGACCAUGAUGGUGUCUUUUACUUGUAUAUGAAAUCAAUUGAAAGGGCUCACAUGCCUAAUAAGUUGUGGGAAAGAUUGAAGCUGCCGAAAAAUUACGAGAAGGCCCUUGAGAUUAUUGAUAAGCAUUUGAUGUAUUGGCCGAAGUUUCUCGUUCAUAAGACCAAGCAAAGGUUGACCAAAAUGACUCAAAUGCGCAUCCGAAUGAGGAAGCUUGCUCUGAAAACUAGGGAAAAGAUUAUGACGACACCGAGGAAAGAAAAGAAGAGAGAGGCAAGAAGGGAGGAAAAAGCAGAGAAAGCAGCAGUUUUGGAAAAGAGUAUUGAGAAAGAGCUAUUAGAACGCCUAAGGAAAGGAGUGUAUGGUGAUAUCUACAAUUACCCUGUCAAAGAGUACGAAAAAGUCCUUGAGAUGGAUUCUUUGCAGGCUGCCAAUGAAGAUGAAGAGGAGGAACCUGAGAUAGAGUAUGUGGAAGGUUAUGAUGAACUUGAGGAAGAACUAGAAGAUGAUAUUGAAGAUUUUGGUGGUCUUGCUAUAAAUAGAGUUCAUGCAACCGGUGACAAUGGUGAAGAUGAAGAUGGUGACGAAGAUGAAGAUGGUGAUGCCGAAGCUGAUCGGAAGAGAGGAAGAAAAGAAUCCUCCUUGGCUUUAAGAAAUGUUGAGAAAGGUGAUGCUGUUUCUAAGCCCAAGAAAAGAGCUAAGGUUCUUGUUGAGGUUGAACAUGAAAAUGCAGAUGAAAGACAAGCUGCAGUUCAUUGAGGGCUUGCUUCUACCGUCUUGUUUCUGUCUGGCCUGGUAACCCAGAUGGGGGAGGCUGUCUCGGCUUUGAAAGUGCAUGGCAUAGUUUUCAGAGUAGCACAAAGAAAUGUUACCACAAAGUUUUGACCGAAAUUAAUGGCAGUUCUGGGUAAUGUAUUGUAUCUAUGUUCAGCUUCUCCCCAAUGUUCUUGCUGUCUUUUUAAGACAGGAGGUAUUAUAGGUCGUGAAAAAGAUCGAAACUCGAGCAGAGAACCAGCAUCCAGUGGAUGCACGUUGCACCAAUAUUUUCCUACUGACCUAUGUUUUUACCUUUGGCUUUGAUGGAUAGGUUGAGAACUGUGUUGUUCCUGACCUCUUCUUCAAUUUUUUUUAUAUGUAUCUUAGUAUUGAUUUCUUUUUCUCCUCCGGUGGAAUUUUAUUAUAUUGAAUUGAUGCAUUCUAGCUGUGGCACUCUAUGGGUAAUGAAAAUGGAAUCAUAGAGUUGUUCAA